ACUUGUAUUUACUCUUAUAGUUGCAUCCCUAGCUAGGUGGAAGAUUGGAAGAUCGGUCAAAUAUUGAAAGCCAGAAAUAUUUUAAUUUUGUGUGCAGUGCAAUUAAAAAAUUAACUUGAACUUAUUACAAGAACCCCAAUCUACAUUGUAACAAUAACACAAAUAAAAUGUCAACCAUGCUAAAAAGUUUGUGUAAAUUAUCUCGCUUGUGUAAUUUGGGGUUAUCAGCAGCUAAUAAAAAUGUGUAUAAAAAUACUUUUAGAUAUAAUACAAAUAUUACUAAUAUUAUAAAAUCUCGCAACGUUAAAAGCAAGAAAGAAUCAUUAGAAGUCCUAAAAUGGAUACUGUUGAUGAUCCCAGUGACUUCGUUUGGACUAGGCUGCUGGCAGGUGUAUCGUCUAAAGUGGAAGUUGGAACUAAUAGAUAUUAUGCAAGCAAAGUCAAAUUCAGUUCCAAAACCAUUACCCGACAACUAUGAACAACUACAGAUAAUGGAGUAUACACCUGUUAAAGUAAAGGGAGUGUUUCUGCAUGACAAGGAAAUUAUAAUUGGUCCAAGGGCCCUAAUAGAAAAUAACUCUGUUUCUGCUAGAGUUGGGUCUCUGGUUUCUGAUCCAAAGAAGAAUCAAGGUUGGCUAAUUAUAACUCCAUUUAGAUUAUCUGAUUCAGGGAAAGUUAUAUUAAUCAACAGAGGAUGGGUGCCAACUAAAUUGAAACCAAAAGGCAAACGAGAAGCAUCUAUGAUCAAAGGAGAAGUAGAAUUGGUUGGAGUUGUUAGACUGUCUGAAAAGAGAGCACCAUUUAUGCCCAAAAAUAAUCCAGAAAAGGGUGCAUGGUACUGUAGGGACUUGGAGCAGAUGAGUCAAUAUCUAAAUUGUGCACCUGUAUGGCUGGAUGUACGUGGCAUAGAUGAUCCUCCAGAAGGGUGGCCUAUACCAAACCAAACUCGAGUAACAUUAAGAAAUGAGCAUUUGUCCUACCUUGUGACUUGGUAUUUACUGUCAGCUUUCACUGCGGCUAUGUGGCACCGUUAUUUCAUUAGAAAAUUAGCUUUGAUAUAAAAAUUUGUUAUUUGUCGUCAGUC